UAUUAUUCUAAGAGUAAUUUUUCUCCUCUUCUUCUUCUUCUUCUUUUUUCCCCCCACAAAAAUGGCGUCUAGUCAGGGAGGUGUGGGAGCUGUCAGUGCUUUACAAACCCAUCACUAUCCCAGCGGACCUCACUGGAGCCCGGGCAUCCCUCACUACCAGCACCAGCAGCAGCACCACACGGCCCGCAGCCUGGACCGGGCUCUGGAGGAUGCCGUGUGCUCGGGGAUACUGAACCUGAGCGGCAGGAAGCUGAGGGAGUACCCGGGGAUGAGCUAUGAUCUGACCGAUACAACACAAGCAGAUCUGUCUAAGAAUCGGCUCACAGAAAUCCCCCCAGAAGUGUGUCUGUUCGCCCCCCUCGAGUCACUCAACCUCUACCACAACUGCAUCAAGUGCAUCCCAGAAGCUAUUAUCAAUCUGCAGAUGCUGACUUAUCUCGACAUCAGCCGAAAUCUCCUGACAGUUUUGCCGAAAUACCUUUUCAACCUUCCCCUUAAAGUUUUGCUUGUGAGCAACAAUAAGCUUGUGUCCAUCCCUGAAGAGAUUGGAAAGGCCAAAGACUUAAUGGAACUGGACGUGAGCUGUAAUGAGAUCCAGGUGCUGCCAGCUCAAGUGGGGCGGCUUCAAGCUUUGAGAGAGCUCAACAUCAGGAAGAAUAGUCUUCCCAUGCUGCCUGAUGAGUUGGCUGAUCUGCCUCUCAUCCGACUUGACUUCUCCUGCAAUAAGAUCACAGAGAUUCCUCCAGCCUACAGGAAAUUGAGGCAACUGCAACACAUCAUCUUAGACAACAACCCUAUGCAGUCUCCACCUGCACAGAUUUGUCUUAAAGGCAAAGUGCACAUAUUUAAGUACCUGAACAUGCAGGCAUGUAGGAUGGACAAGAAACCAGACACCCUGGACCUUCCCUCACUUGGCAAGCGUUGUCUACCGCAGCCGCUUACAGAUAGCAUGGAAGAUUUUUAUCCAAGCAAGAACCACGGGCCUGACUCUGGAAUUGGUAGUGACAAUGGUGACAAGAGGCUGUCUACAACAGAGCCUUCAGAUGAUGACACCAUCAGCCUGCACUCUCAAGUUUCAGAGACAGCCCGCGCCGACGCCCUGUCACUCCUCUCCAAAAUGGACUCUUGCAAAGAUCAGGAUCUCUAUGACUUUAUAGAGCCCAACCCGGAUGAGGAUCCUGCUCUGUCAGAGUGUGAUGGGCAGCAAAGCAGUCAUGUGUCUUGUAUAAAGGAACUGGAGAAAGUUCUUAACAUGUCUCACCAAAGCAAAGAUAAAGACAGCUGGAAAGAGGAGUCGGGUUCUGAUAAGGAGCAGCUAGUUGAGGAAGAGGAUGACGAGCUGAAGGAGGUGCUUGAUCUGAGGAAGAUUGCUGUCCAGCUUUUGCAGCAGGAGCAGCAGAACAGACGACGGUCCUUAAUUUGCAGAGCCGAAAGUUUAAUCCACAGAAGGAGAGUGACUGGCCGGGCACACAGAUUCCUUAGUCACUCUGGAAGUUCCAGCAGCAAACCUAGGCUAGCACCUCAGACCGCUCGCAGUGCUUCUUUGGAUGAAGGAAGCAGUGGAGCAUCAGUGCUGAGUGGGCAGCCCUCUUCUUCCUGCUCUUUUGAUGGCUGUUUGAAGACAGAUCAGUCCGAUUCAGAGCCAAAGUGGCCCGAGAUCCCACCUGUCCUUAAUCAGAAUGAAGAGCGCAGGCGGAGCAAGUAUCUAAGAAAAGAUUAUCUGAAGUACAAAUGUCAGAGUGCUCGCAAAAACUCCAGUGGGAAUGAAGACUCUGAGGAGGGUUUGCGCAACUCUGAUUUCAGCACGACUUUGACAGUGUUUGGACUUAAGCCAAGAUCAGCCUUCACCAGAGGAAGCCGUCAAGAGUACAACUCCACAGAUCCAAGCUUCACGAUGAGGAGGAAGAUGGAGCACUUGAGAGAGGAAAUGGAGCAGAUAGGACUGUUACGGCAGAACAUUGAGUCCAGGCUGAAGGUGUUGCUUCCAGACGAUGUUGGAGCUGCUCUAAUGGAUGGAGUUGUCCUUUGCCAUUUAGCGAAUCACAUUUGUCCUCGGUCUGUUGCCAGCAUCCAUGUACCGUCGCCUGCAGUGCCAAAGCUCAGCAUGGCCAAAUGCCGGAGGAAUGUUGAGAACUUCUUGGAUGCCUGCAAAAAGCUGGGUGUUCCACAGGACAAGCUGUGUCUGCCACAUCACAUCCUUGAAGAACGUGGUCUGGUGAAGGUGGGUGUGACUGUGCAGGCUCUGCUGGAGCUCCCUACAUCUAAACCCACGCAACUCUCAACUGUUUGACACGAGCCUAAAUUUGACAUGAGUCAUGCACCACACCACUCUUCCAACCCCAAACCUGCUCCCCCUCAUUGCCAGGGACCAGAGAGCCCAAUGGAGCGAGGACCCAGUGGCCUAUGGGAGUCUUUGGGAGUCUGUUUUUGCCUGACUGAAACAGGAGACGGGAUGUUGAAAUGCCUCUGUCUCUUCAUAUGAUGUCAGCUACCAUUUACUUCCUUUCCAUCACAUUUUCACUCGUCUGCUCUUCCUAUUACUGGAGUCAACCUGGAAGUGUGUGGGAAGUGUGUUUUCUGAGGUGCUGUAUUAAGACUUGCCGAAGAGACACACACAACGGUGAAAGGCUUGUGUGUCCUUCCUAACAGUUAUUAUUCAGUGUGUGAGUGCCACGACUGACCAUAUUGGAAGUGAGGAGAUGAUGGACACAAAACUCACUCUCUCACUGAAAAAGACUAGGCUGCCACUACUGAGUGACCUCAUUGGGUACUUACACUUGAGUUUCCCUUCUUACUUGUGGAAUUUAUUUUCCCAGUGAAUUAUUUUUUAAGUUGUUUUUUUUUUACGUGGUUUUAUGUAGUUUUCAUCAGGUAAGUAAGGCCUAUAUUCUCUUUUGAGCAGCUGAGCCAGAUUCUUAAAUCGUUUUGUUUUUCUUUUUGUUAUUUUUUUUAGUUGUAAUGCAUUUAUAUAGUUGCAUUUCCACCGUUUUUUGAAAGGCAGUGCAAGCUACGGUUGGAUUUAGAGUUAUUAUCAUGCUACAGUGGACAUUCUGUCUGUUUUUCUGGUGUGGCUUGAACACUUUUAAAUUACACGCAUGCACACACGCUUCUGACUACAAGCUCUUUCUCAAUACAAAUCUGCAUGCACCAGGGGAAGUGACAUCAGACCACUGUGACAUGAGUUUUUGCUACUGACAAAAGCAUGAUAUCUUGUUUUGUAGCAUCUUUUUCAGUGUUUCUGAAGCUUUUUAUACUUUGCUUCCAGUUAUUGCCAGUUAACUCUCGCCAUUUAUGUGAAAUUAGCAGCAUAGAUUUGCUGUGUUGUUUAUAUUGUGUGUGUUUGUGACUGGAGGUGACUGAGCAAUGGCCCCUAAUCCAAAAAAGGGUUCAGGGUGCUCCUGCAAACUUUCUACACAUGGCACGGUCUUAUUUUUCCCACCAGGCCACCCUGUUGCGUGUGGUUUCUAAUACACUUUAUUAUUUCAGGGAAAUUCAAUUAUUUAUCUAUUUAUUUACUUGUUUGAUAUGUAUAUGUUGUUGCUCUGUGUGUUUCUAGCCUUACUACCUGUCCACAUUGAAUUUUUUUGAUCAUCUCGCGUCUGUUUUUUCAGAAACUUAAAAAUGACUAAAAGCAGAACUUUGGCGCUAUUCUGUUCCAUGUGGUCGGUCUGGGAGAUCAGCCCACUGUCAUGUGAAAAAGAAAAAUGCAAAGAGACAAAACACAAACCAGCAGCUAAAACCAUAAACUGAUCACGAGAUCUGAAGACUGGUUUUCUUUAACUUUUAUGUAAACACAUUUCUUUUUUUUUUACUGUGAUUUACAAUCACAGUAAAAAAAAAAGUACACCUUCUAUCAUUAAUAAGGUUUUACAUAUCAGGCCUGAAAAGGAUAAGCAGAAGAAA